AUGGGCGUGAUCUUUAACACGGCUAUCAACUGCCCUGCCCAUUACUAUAACCGCCGCCGGGCGCUCGCUCUGGGUGUCGUCGCAUCUGGCUCGUCGACAGGCGGCAUCAUCUUUCCCAUCAUGUCUCGCAAGCUCCUAGCCGAGGUCGGGUACGGCUGGAGCAUGAGGAUCAUAGGCUUCUUCUUGCUGACGGGCGUAAUCCUUGCGUGGUUCUCGCUCUCGACGCGCCUGCCACCUGCCAUCGAUGUUCGCGACAAGUCCAAGGGAGGGUGGAAGCAGGUGCAGUGGACCGACUUCUCGGCCUUCCGCAAUCCCGCCUACACGUUCUUCGUCAUUGGUGCGUCGUUCAUCAUGUUUGGACUUUACAUGCCCUUGACCUACAUGGACGUGUGGUCGUCCAGCAACAACGUUCCAGCCAACGGCUACUACCUACCCAUCCUCAACGCCGCCUCCUCCUUUGGUCGCGUUCUUCCAGGCUUCGUCGCUGACAAAGUGGGCCGCAUCAACACCAUCCUGCCACAUCUGGCCGUCUCCGGAGUGCUCAUCUUCAUCUUUCCGCUCUGUACCAACCUCGGCGGUCUGGUCGUGUUUUCCAUCUUGUACGGCUUCACGUCAGGAUGCUACGUCUCGCUCAUCCCGGCAUGCUCCUCACAGUUGGGCAGCACCAGCACGGUGGGCACGCGAAACGGCAUGAUGUUCUUCCUCAUGUCUUUUGGCGGUCUCUUUGGUCUGCCCAUCGCAGGUGCCAUCCUGGGCGACGUUGGGCAUCUUGAUUGGUGGGGCGCGGUAGGGUUUUCGGGUGCUAUGGUGGUGAUUGGCACCGUCAGCGUCGCCGUUGCCAAAUGGUACGCGGUCGGCAGCAUCCGAGGCAAAAUUUGA